AUGCGCCAGAGCCGGGGUGACAUUGGCGGGGCCGGUGCCCCGGGAACGCUGCGGAUUACCCAGAAGGCAGUAGGCCGCGCCGAGGUCAACAUGGCGGCGAGGGCGUCGGUCGCAGGAGGCGGUCGCCUCAUGGACAAAUUUCGCAAGUGGUAUUACAAUGCAGCUGGAUUCAACAAACUAGGAUUAAUGAGAGAUGACACAUGGUAUGAAGAUGAUGAUGUAAAAGAAGCAGUGAGGAGACUCCCAGAACAUCUUUACAAUGAAAGAAUGUUUCGUAUAAAGCGAGCACUUGAUCUAAGCCUGAAACAUCAGAUCCUCCCAAAAGACCAGUGGGUGAAGUAUGAAGAGGAUCACCAUUAUCUUGAACCAUACUUAAAAGAAGUAAUCCGUGAAAGACUUGAAAGAGAAGAAUGGAACAAGAAAUAACUAUUGAACUACUUCAUGCAAAUAUCCACAUAUUUCUGAUAUUUUUAAACAUUUGGAUAUAAAAGUCUACAGGGAGGCAAAUAUGAGGCUGAGGAAUACUGUUUCAGCUUGUUCAUUGAAUCUAUUCAUCCAAGUAAAAUAAACAUGUCAAAGUAUAAAACCUA